AUGUCUACGGGAAAAGAUUUUUCUGUGUAUAAAUGGUAUGCUGAUUUGAUCGACGAACAAACCGAUAAUGUUACGAUUAUUUAUCUGGGCGAACUGCAAUGGAAGUUUGUUAAACUUCGUUUUACUAAUAUUUUACAAUUUCUUCAAAAAGUCACCUUGAUAUCUCAUGCCACAUUUUCCAACUAUCAGCCACCGAUCUUCGACGAAAACUCAUUCAUUAUCAACUCAACAAAUCUAUCUGGUCGAUGGUCAACAACAUCUGCAUGUAUUCGAGAGAAAUUGUAUGAAAAUGCCAACGGAUAUAUUGUUUGGGAAUGUCUGAUGCCAAGUGCAUCUGGAAAGAUUGAACUCGACGGUACAACUAAUCAAGGUUUAGGUUAUGUUGAACGAUUAACAACGACUCUGAAACCUUGGCAAAUGCCAAUCAACAUCUUGCGAUGGGGACGAUUUUUGUCCAACAAUCAUUCGAUUGUCUGGAUUCGUUGGGAAGGAGAAGAAGAGAAGUUUCUUAUUUUUCACAAUGGAUUGAAAUAUGUAGGUGGAAUUAUCGACGAUGAUCGGAUUGAAUUCGGCACAUAUCGUCUGAUGUUAGAAGAUAAAUUUACUCUACGAAAUGGACCAUUGGUGAAAACAGUCUUUGAUAAAUUUAGUACAAUUAAACAACUGUUUCCGGCUGGAUUUUUGAACAUGAAAGAAUGUAAAUGGCAAACACGAAGUGAGUUAUUUGAAAAUACUCGUUGUAUUAGCAAAGGAUGGUCUAUUCAUGAAAAUGUUCAAUUUCAACCCAAACUACCAGUGUUAGGAAAGAUAUUCUAUGGUUCAUUGUUUACAAUAGUCAUUCCUCUGUUACUUAGCAUUUGGGCAAAACAAACCGAACAUUAUAUUCAUUUACCUAUUCUAACAAAUCCAUUUGUUGGAACUACAUUUAUUUGUCUCGGAUUCGUUUUGAUGAUAACAGCCAUGUCAGAUUUAUGGUUCAAAGGUCAUGGAUUACCUAUGAAUGCUUAUCCACCACCUAAAUUAGUUACCAAUGGCGUGUACAAGCUCUUUUCGCACCCGAUAUAUAUUGGAAGUUCGUUGACAUGUUUUGGCCUGUCGAUAACUUGUCAGUCGAAAAGUGGCUUUUGGUUGGUAUCACCUAUAUUGACAUUGGCAUGGCUUGCAUUGGUGCAUGGUUAUGAAAAUGAAGACUUACAAAAACGAUUUCCGGAUGUGGUAUGGAAAAGAUUAGUAGAUUUACCAGAGAAUGUUAACAUGAAAAGUCAAUUCAAUGAUAUUGUAUCAGCCUACUGUUUAGUUCUAAUUCCUUGGCUAGUUCUCUAUCAACUUGUCAUAUUUGUUGGUCCUUCGGCUAACUGUAUUUCGACCUAUCUUCAAUUCGAAUCGAACAUUCCAGUUAUUGAAUGGACAGAGUUCUUCUAUCUUCUCGCAUAUCCUUUUGUCGCUUUGGUGCCAUUGGUUUUGCAAACAAAACAACAAAUUCGUUCGUUUAUUAUUGACGGCUUGUUAAAUAUCAGUAUUGGUAUAUAUUUGCAAUUUAUUUUACCGUUCGUAGCGGUUCCGAAAGCAUUUGUUCCACAAACAUUCUUAGGUGAAAUUCUAUUGCAUGAGCGCGAUUUAGAUGGACCUACUGGUGCCUUUCCAUCGUUUCAUGUCUCUUGGGCAUUUCUCUGUGCUCAUCAUUACACACGAGCUUUUCCGAAACAUCGGUCUGCGUUCUACAUUUUAUCUGCUCUCAUAUCAGCAAGUUGUGUGACGACAGGGAUGCAUAGCAUAAUAGAUGUUAUCGCUGGAUAUCUAUUAUUCCUGAUUUGUAUCAAAAGACAACAAAUUUGGCAAUAUCUUCGACGUUAUUUUGAAAAUCUAGCAAAUUCCUGGGCAGCAUAUCGUAUUGGACCACUGCGUAUCAUUAAUAACAGUUUGUAUGUGUUCUUAAGUGCAGCAUCAGGUGCUUAUUUAGUUUGCUCAUUACCCGGUAACAAUUAUGCCAUGUUAUUCGUUAGUAUAUCUUCAUUAUUUGGUGGAGCUGUAUGUGGACAAUUACUUGAAAGUUCUUCUGGUCUAUCUCGGCCAUUUGGUUACUUUGGUUUUGUUACUGGUGGUCUAGUUGGAUCUAUUGCUGCAUCAUGGUUAUUUCACAUUCCAAUUCUUUCAUUUUUAUCAGCAUCUGCCCUGGCAAAUCCCUGGAUACAAGCGACUGGUCGCCUACGUUGUGUUGCUCAAGGAUGUUGCCAUGGUCGUCGAACAAAUCCAUUUCUUGGAAUCUUGGUUACCAAUCCUCACUCUCGAGUAUGCUCACUAUCACAAUUGCACAACAAACAUAUUCAUAUCACACCUGCUUAUUCGAUAUUAGCAAACGCUCUGAUUGGAAUGCUUCUGUGGCGACUAUGGUAUUCAGAAGUUUCUCUAUGUUUGAUAAUUAGUCUUUAUUUUAUUUUGAUUGGAUUGAGUCGAUUCGUCGAAGAACGCUUUCGAGGUGAAGUUCAAACGAUGAUUUGUCGUCGAUUAAAAAUCUAUCAAUGGGGAUCGAUCGCAUUUGUCUGCAUAGGCAUCUGUUUCAGUAUGCUUCCAUUCAAUGACAAAGUUUCUUUGCACUUGAAUGGAAAGUACGAAUAUGUAAUUCCAUCGAUAAUAUUUGGAUGUAUCACAGCAUCUGCAAUGGGUGUAGACUUUCCCGAAUCUACAAAGAGAUUUUCGCGUCUUGCUGAUUGA